CAAUACAUUGUAACCAUUCUUGAAAUAAAUGUAUUAGGUUAUGUUUGUAGCAUGUAGUAAAAGAACAGUAAACAAUGUAAUAUUUAUGGAUUACUUAAAAUGGUAUUCAAAGACAUUCGGAGGUGUUGGCUAAUGAUCAUCUACAGAUGGGAGUGUCCUCCUCAUUACUGCAUAAAAGCACACUUACAUCUCUACCUGGCGUUAGUCUUGAAAAUUCAGUUACCUCACCACAUCAGUUCACUAGUGCCGUUUAUUUCAUUCCCCAAAAUGAGUUGCUCCAAAUGCUCAACUCCGACUGACUGCCAGUUCAAUGUGCAGGGAAAGGUGUUCAACGAUCCCAUACAUGGGAUUGUGCCAAUGCACCCUUUGCUGGUCUGCAUCGUUGACACACCCCAGUUCCAGAGACUUCGCUACAUCAAGCAACUUGGAGGGGUCUGCUACGUCUAUCCUGGGGCGUCCCACACCCGCUUUGAACACUCCAUAGGAGUGAGUCACCUGGCUGGUAGACUGGUCAAGGAGCUGAAAGAGCAUCAGCCAGAACUUGAAAUCACUUGCAGAGACUUCCUCUGUGUGCAGAUCGCUGGCCUCUGCCUCAACCUGGGACAUGGCCCUUUCUCCCAUUUGUUUGAUAAGAUGUUUAUCCCCAAAGUCAUUGUUGGAAGUACAUGGAAGCUCGAGGAUGCAUCCGUGGCCAUGUUUGACCACCUUGUCGACCAAAAUGAAUUGAGGAAUGUGAUGGAGCAGCAUGGUCUGGUCCUGCCUGAAGACCUGGACUUCAUCAGGGAACAAAUUGCUGGACCGAUUGACAAAACCCCUGGGACAGCAUGGACUUACAAAGGCAGAACAGAGGAGAAGUCCUUCCUGUACGAAAUCAUAGCCAACCAGAGAAACGGUUUUGAUGUUAAUAAAUGGGACUACUUUGCCAGGGACUCCUACUACCUAGGUCUUCAGACUAACUUUGACCAUGACCGCUUUAUCAAAUUUGCCCGAGCCUGUAAGAUGGACAAGAACUAUCAGAUCUGUACCAGAGACAAGGAAGUGUUCAACCUGUAUGAAAUGAUCAACACCAGAUUCAGCCUCUACAGACGAGCCUAUCAGCACAGAGUGGUCAAUCUCAUUGAGCUCAUGAUUGCAGACGCCCUUGUCAAAGCAAAUGAACACAUCAACAUUGAAGGCUCUGGGGGGCAAAUGUUCAAAAUGUCAGAGGCCAUAUAUGACAUGGAGGCCUACUCUAAACUCACAGACCAUGUGUUUGAGCAGAUCCUCUACUCCUCCUCUCCUGAGCUGGCUGAGGCAAGAGAGAUUCUAAAGAGAAUCACCCGCCGACGUCUCUACAAGUGUGUUGCCGACAUUCAGACGAAGGACUUGCACACACCGGUCGAGGUCGAGGACUGGGCACGUGACGUGGCAAGACGCAUGAACCUGGAUGCAAAUGACUUUGUACUCAGCGUCAUCACAAUGGGCUAUAAGAAGAGGUAUGACCCCAUUAAAAAUGUCUGCUUCUACAAGAAGGACAAACCAACAGAAGUUGUCCCAAUCACCAGAGAACAGGUGUUAUACCUCAGAGAGAAGAACUUUUCCCAGCAUCAGAUCAGGAUCUACUAUAAGAAGGAGAUUGAUAAAAAGACUAUGGUUGUCAUUGAGGAUGACUUGCGCAGAAACUUCCACGAACCAGACAUACCCCUAGGUGGAACCCCAUAAUGAGUGAGGGCCAGAACAGAAGAUCAGGAGAACCAAGGAAUAAAGAAAGUCUGAGCGUUUUCUCCAGAGAGCUCUCUUCUCAAAUGAUGAAGCACAGUGAUAUUUAGUAUGUGUCUCUAUGUGCAUUGUGUUGUGUAACGGAUGUGUAACUUGUCUUAUUGUUAAACUGCUAUGCUUCUUGGAACUGCACCCAAGACUUUCACCCACUGGUGCACUUGUGUACAUGGUUGGGUGACAAAACGGAUUGGAUUUGUUUUAAUAGAGAUGAUGACAAAAUUAUUAAGAUGCAAAAAAAAAAAAUCACUGAGUCAGCCCUGUUCAAACAUUUUAUUCACUUUCUGCCUUUUCUCCAAUCACUCUGAGUUGUCAUCUCUAAUAUAGUUAAGAUGAUUUUUAUGUAAGGAAAACCUCAAUAUUUAAGAAUGGUUUAUUGUUAGAUUCAAAUUAAUUGGAAUGCAAACAUCAAAAAUGUUUCUUUAUUUGGGUGUUUUUUGGGUGUUGAAGACAUGUUGAUUCUGUAUGGGAUUUGAAACCAAGUUAACAUAAUCGUAGCCUACAUAUUUAACAUUGACUAUUCAAAUAUUUUAAUGGAUGUGGUAGUGGGCUGAGCCUUUCAAUAUGUUAUUCCAAUGACUGUUUACCCUGCGUGUCAUUUUAGUGUUUAGUUUAAGUUUGUCUCCUUCUACAGGACGAGAUAGUGGCCAAGAGGCCCAAGUGUGGCUUCCUGAGUGCUAAAAGCUUUUCUUCAGAUUAGUUCUUGGGAUCCUGAUUAAUUUCCACAUUUGUUCAUGUUUUCUGUACCUGUCUAUUAAUCUGGAACACAACUGAAUAAAAUAUUA